AUGGCAGACCUACUUUACGAUCUCCUGGCAUCACAGCCCGGGUCCGACCUGGCCAGGACACCCGCGGACCACAGCUCUCUGGAGUAUCUUAGCCACCUGGCAUCUCAACCGCUCUCCUCAUUAGAAACAACGGAGCCCCAAUCACUGUCCCAAUCCUCUCAUACUUUGCUUCGUUCACUGCAGGGGCUCUCCAAGAAAUCUUACCAACCUAUCAUCGACUCUGCAUCACAUCAUGCCUCUCUACAGAACGCACUACCUGCUUUGGCAGCGAGUACGGCAGAGUUGCGAAAUGCAAUUCCCAAGCUGGACAAUGAGGCUGUGAAGUUCUCCAGCACAUAUAACAAGGCCAGCGAGAACGACGUCUUGGCUAGGAGGAAGCGAGCCUUACUACUGUCGAGAAAUGUCGAGCGUCUCGUUGAUGUGCUAGAGCUACCAACUCUUCUGAACUCAGCCAUCACCGCGUCUCCUCCAAACUACUCGUCUGCGUUGGACCUCAAUGCCCAUAUACGCAGACUGCAUUCUCUAUAUCCGGACUCGCCACUGAUCGCAUCGAUAACGGCACAGGCGGACGAGGCGAUGAGGACUAUGGCAGCUAACCUCGUGCUCUCCCUCAAGGCCCCUGGACUCAAAUUGGCCGCCUCACUACGGACCAUCAGUUGGCUGAGGAGAGUCUUGCCGGACCUCGAAUCCGCUGGGUCACAGGAAAAGGGCCACGGCUCACAGGACAGGGCACUGGGUGCUCUAUUCCUGGUGUGUCGGCUGGCGACGCUCAUGCACAUGCUCAACGCGUUGGAUCCUCUGAAGGAGUUGGCAGACCAGGAAAAAACCAGGCAAAAGUCCAUCGGCAGUGGAAACGCAUGGUCAGGAGGACAGCAGACGGAAAGGUUUCUGAAGCGCUACGUCGAGGUCUUCCGCGAACAAAGCUUCGCCAUAGUCUCCAUGUACAGGAGUAUCUUCCCGGCGUCGGCCGACGCUCCAUCCUCGGCAGGGGCAGCACAAGGUGACCCCUUGGAGCCGUUGCCCUCCACGCUAUCUACCUUCCCCUUGUAUCUAGUCGACAUGCUUCUGGAGACGCUACGGAUCUAUCUACCAACUGUCAGGGACCAAGCAUCUCGAGACAGCUUACUAACGCAGGUUCUGUACUGCGCGGGCAGUCUGGGCCGCUUGGGAGGAGACUUUGGGCUAUUCUUGGCUGACAUGGACCUGGGAAGCGAGGCAGAGGAGGAGUGGGUUGAGGUCGUGAGACGGCAUCGAUUGUUGGCUGGGCGCUUGGAGUCAAUAGUCGGCGAUCAAAAGGAGAAGGCGCCCAAGUAG